AUGUCAGACGCGCCAGAAUACCGUCGCGGAGAAGAAAUGGAGGUUGACGAAACCCCAGACUACACAGAUUCAGAUACAAACCCCAAUACAACGGCUAGUAGUGUCGUCGGAGAGCCUCUUACCGAUGGGAGAAAGCGUCGAUCAGAAGCAAACCAAUUGCGAAGAAGCAUCUUUGGCAGGAAGCACGACCGCCUGGGCGAAUCCAAGGAAGAUGAUACGAUUCGACGAUUUCGAUAUCUUCUUGGUCUGACCGACCUCUUUCGUCACUUCAUCGAGACGAAUCCAGACCCCAAAAUUCGAGACAUCAUGGCCGAGAUCGACCGCCAAAAUAACGAGGCAGCUCAGAGGAAGAAAGGCGCUGGCCGACAGGGAGGAGCCACUAGUGACCGCCGUCGACGGACCGAAGCCGAAGAAGAUGCCGAACUGCUCAAGGAUGAGAAGCAUGGGGGUUCUGCCGAAACCGUGUUCCGUGACUCGCCGCACUUUAUUCAAGGGCAGAUGAGAGAUUAUCAGGUUGCAGGCCUGAACUGGCUGAUAUCUCUGCACGAGAACGGUAUUUCCGGAAUCCUUGCCGACGAAAUGGGUCUCGGUAAGACUCUGCAAACAAUCUCAUUUUUAGGUUAUCUUCGGCACAUUGCGGGCAUUACGGGACCACACUUGAUUACGGUGCCAAAGUCGACACUCGAUAACUGGAAACGAGAAUUCGCCAGGUGGACCCCAGAGGUCAAUGUCUUGGUUCUGCAAGGCGCCAAAGAAGAGCGUCACAACCUCAUCAAUGAGCGCCUGGUGGAUGAGAAAUUUGAUGUCUGCAUUACCAGCUACGAGAUGAUCCUGAGAGAAAAGGCGCACCUGAAGAAGUUUGCUUGGGAGUACAUCAUCAUUGAUGAGGCGCAUCGUAUCAAGAACGAGGAAUCCUCCCUGUCUCAGAUUAUCCGACUGUUCCAGUCCCGGAACCGACUCCUCAUUACUGGUACCCCUCUCCAAAAUAACCUUCACGAGCUUUGGGCCUUGUUGAACUUCCUGCUGCCCGAUGUUUUUGGCGAUUCGGAAGCAUUUGAUCAGUGGUUCUCAGGCCAAGAUCGCGAUCAAGAUACCGUCGUCCAGCAGCUGCACAAAGUAUUGCGACCUUUCUUGCUCCGCAGAGUCAAGAGUGAUGUCGAAAAGAGCUUGCUGCCAAAGAAGGAGGUGAACGUGUAUUUGGGCAUGUCGGACAUGCAGGUGAAGUGGUAUCAGAAGAUCCUUGAGAAGGACAUCGAUGCCGUCAAUGGCGCUGGGGGAAAGCGUGAGUCAAAGACGCGACUGCUCAACAUUGUCAUGCAGCUCCGAAAGUGCUGUAACCACCCAUACCUCUUUGAAGGAGCCGAGCCUGGUCCACCUUAUACGACAGAUGAACACUUGGUAUACAACGCCGGGAAGAUGGCUGUUUUGGACAGGCUUCUUGUUCGACUCCAAAAACAGGGCAGUAGAGUAUUGAUUUUCUCUCAAAUGAGCCGUCUGCUCGAUAUUCUUGAGGACUACUGUGUUUUUCGAGACUACAAGUACUGCCGCAUCGAUGGUGGAACCGCCCACGAGGACCGAAUCGCUGCCAUUGACGAGUACAAUAAGCCCGAUUCCGAGAAAUUUGUCUUUCUGUUAACCACCAGAGCUGGCGGUCUAGGUAUCAACCUGACAACUGCCGACAUUGUUAUUCUGUACGACAGCGACUGGAACCCGCAAGCCGAUUUGCAGGCAAUGGACCGUGCCCACCGUAUUGGACAGACAAAACAGGUGGUUGUGUAUCGGUUUGUGACCGACAACGCUAUCGAGGAAAAGGUUCUGGAGCGCGCCGCCCAAAAGCUCCGUCUGGACCAGCUGGUUAUUCAACAAGGCCGUGCACAAAUCGCGGCCAAGGCUGCGGCGAACAAGGAUGAACUGUUGUCCAUGAUUCAGCAUGGCGCGGAGAAGGUGUUCCAGUCCAAAGGCGCUACAGGAGACCUGCAGGGUAAAAAGGAACUCAACGAUGACGACAUCGACGCCAUCCUAAACCAGGGCGAAAAUAGGACCAAAGAGCUCAACGCCAAGUACGAGAAACUGGGAAUCGACGACCUCCAGAAGUUUACGUCGGAGUCUGCGUACCAAUGGAAUGGCGAAAACUUUGCCAACGUCAAAAAAGAUGUGGGCAUGAACUGGAUCAACCCUGCGAAGCGUGAGCGCAAGGAACAAUCGUACUCCAUGGACAAGUACUUCCGGCAAGCCAUGUACGGAGAUCCCAAGGGUGACGGCAAACCCAAAGCUCCUCGCGCACCCAAGCAGGUUCCCGUCCAGGACUACCAAUUUUAUCCACCGCGUCUACGUGAUCUUCAGGAUAGGGAGACGGCCUACUAUAGAAAGGAAAUCGGGUAUAAGAUCCCCCUUCCGGACGGCGACGAAGAGACACUGUCUGACCGAGAAGCUGAGCGGGCUCUUGAUCAGCAGGAAAUCGACAAUGCCACUCCAUUGACCGAGGAGGAGAAGAAGGAAAAGGAGGAAUUAUCGACAAAGGGGUUUGGGAACUGGAGCCGAAGAGACUUUCAGCAGUUUGUGAAUGGAUCAGGCAAGUAUGGACGUCACGACUACGAGGGCAUCUCCAAUGAGAUUGAUAGCAAGACGCCUGCUGAGAUCAAGGCCUACGCCAAAGUCUUUUGGCAACGGUACACGGAAAUUGCCGACUACACCAAAUCUAUCAAGGUCAUCGAGGACGGAGAGGAACGCACGCGCAAGAUUGAGAAUCAACGUAAGCUACUGCGUAAGAAGAUGUCUCGUUACAGAGUGCCCCUGCAGCAGCUCAAGAUCAACUAUUCGGUUUCCACGACCAACAAGAAGGUGUACACGGAGGAAGAGGACCGAUUCCUGCUGGUCCUCCUCGAUCGAUACGGCAUCGACUCCGAGGGCUUGUAUGAGAAGAUGCGCGACGACAUUCGCGAGUCCCCGCUGUUCCGGUUCGACUGGUUCUUCCUCAGCAGAACCCCGACCGAGCUCUCCCGUCGCUGCACAACCCUCAUCACUACGAUUGUUAAGGAAUUUGAAGAGGUGCCUGCACGAGGAGCCAACGGCGUCAACGGCAAAACCAAGCGCGAGCCGGAUGACGACGUUGACGAGGACAGCGUCCUCGGUGCCCCUGCAAAGAAGAAGUCCAAGAACGGCGUCAAGGUUCGUCCAAACUUCGAAGCCGGCGGCCGGAUCCCGGCCCAUCUCCAGUAA